GAUUCACUUUACCUUACUUUAUAUAUUUUUUACCAAUUUACUCAUACAUACAUACACAAUAUAUAUAUAUGUAAAGCAGGAUUUUUUUUUUCGAAUUGUGAACCUUCACUAGUCAUCUCAUUUUCGCUGUGGAAGAAGUAUAUGCUAUAUGAUGCCAUCAAAUCCCACCUCAGAUAGCUCUGGGUGUGAAACAAAGACAACUGUUGAUAAACAUGAGGUAUCGUACAAAGAGGUUGAUGACCCUUUGGUGCCAGUUCCUAUAGAGGAUAUUUCCGAUGACGAGAGCAUUGUAUAUGAAGACUUUCAGUCGAGCAAAAUGACCAAAAGUCUCAUGGCCAGUGAGGAAUGCGUACCGAUAUUGACCACAAAGCAUGAUUUCAUGACGUCUCUCUUCAACAGCGAUCCACGAGUAGCCUUUGAUGUGCUCCACAUCAAUGCUCUUCUCAUUUUAGAAGCGAUUGAGGGUCUUCAAAGCUCACAGUUGAUUGGCCCUCAGUGGUAUGUUCCACCAGCUCACUUGAAGGCCUCUGAUAUAGCUGUGGGUAAGGAGGUCUUUGAAGUACCAAGACUGCAUACACACAUCGCGGAGAGAUCAGCUAUCGAGCUGGACGUUAAUAGUGUAGAGCGUGCGUUGAGAGCACAGACGACUGAAGAGCUGGAUCAAAUUAUGCCUAUGGAACUGUUUGCCACUAUGAAAAAGUAUUAUCGAGGUCGAAAUAUGAAUAAAAGGCAUAGAUCUUGAGUACAGUGUGGGACUUGAGACAAUACAGCUUCUGCAACGAUCGUGAAAAAAGCUAAUAAACUAAAGUCUUAUUCAAGUGAAAAAAGACAUAUCUCUACAUUUUUAACCACCGUACUAUAGAAGUCAAAGAUGAUGCUGUAAAAAAGGCCUACAAGAUGUCGACGG